AUGUGUGCUCGUGUCAAAUCGACCUGCUGUUGGAAGGGAAUUGGAAUGGAACGGAACGGAAUGGAGUGGAAUGAAUCGGGGGAGGGGAAUUCGAAAAGGAAGAGAAGGGAAGGGAAGGGAAGGGAAGGGAUUCGGAUAGAAUGGAAAGCGAAGCCGUCGCCACUCAAUUGCCAACUAGGCUGUAGUGUUGUUGUUGGUUAG